CUGGACAGAAUGUUCGCUUCGACGUCACAAAGAAAUGAUGAUGAUUUGCGGGCGUCUUACAAUAUCUCGUUACCAAUAGCAAAAUCCGGAAAACCGCCUACUAUCGGAGAGAAGUUAAUUUUGCCAGCCGUUGAAGAGGUUUUAAAAACUGUUUUACACAAACCUGCAUCUGAUAUCAUUAAAAGAAUUCCCUUAAGCAACAAUACUGAUGAAAGACGUAUUGAUGAAAUGAGUUCUGAUAUUGGAAGCUUCUUAUGUAAUUAUUUGCAAACGAUCCAUUUCUCUAUACAACUGGACGAGUCAACUUUACCUGAUAAUGCAGCAUUAUUAUUGGCAUAUGUUCGUUUUAUUAUGAAUCAAGAAAUCUACGAAGAACUGCUCUUCGCAAGAACUUUGAUAAUCGACACUAAAGGUGAAUCAAUAUUUCAUGUUUUGAAGGUUUACUUCAUUGAAAAAGAAAUUCCUUUAUCAAAUACAAUAUCAGUAGCUACAGAUGGAGAACCUGCCAUGGUUGGACUGGUGCAAACAACGGUCACUCUGGGAUCAGGAAUGGAACAGUAUUGUCUUUAGUGAUGAGGUUAGAAGGCGACGUGGUGAAAGGAGUAAUCCACAGUUUUUUGUUGAAGGACAUGUUCAUCACACUGUUGGAGUUAUGGUUUGGGGUGUUAUAGCUUAUGGUUCCAGGUCACCUUUAAUCUUCAUCAGAGGUAACAUGAACGCGCAGCGUUAUAUCCACGAAGUUCUAGAACCCUAUCUUGACACCCUGGCAGAUCGAACUUUCCAACAAGAUAAUGCCCGACCACAUGUUGCAAGAGUCACAAUAGACUUCUUUCAACAUAAUGAUGUCACAUUGUUACCAUGGCCACCAAGAUCUCCCGACUUAUCCCCAAUUGAGCACGUGUGGGAUAUGAUGGGUAGGAGAUUGCUCAAUUUGCAACGUCCUCCUCAGACUCUAGAAGCACUUCGAGAGGAGUUGGUGGUUGCCUGGAAUGAGAUACCACAGGAGGACAUUGACCACCUGAUCAGAAGCAUGCCUAGGCGCGUUGGAGAAUGCGUAGCACAUCAGGGUGCAUCCACACAUUAUUAA